ACCUUUUGAAGCCUUGUAUGGGAGAAGGUGUAGAACCCUGCUAAAUUGGUCACAAGCUGGAGAGAGAGAAAUAUUUGGACCAGACUUGGUACUUGAAGCAGAGGAAAAGGUCAGAGUCAUUAAGAAGAACUUAGAAGCUGCUCAGGCCAGGCAAAAGAGCUAUCAUGAUAAGAGGCGGAAACAUCUGCAGUUUGAAGUGGGAGAGCAUGUUUAUCUUAAGGUGUCACCCACCAAGGGUGUCCAAAUAUUUGGGAUCAAGGGCAAGUUAGCUCCUCGCUACAUGGGACCCUACGAGAUCAAGGAAACUUGUGGACCAGUAGCAUAUCAAUUGAAGUUGCCACCACACAUGUCAACUGUUCAUGAUGUGUUCCAUGUAUCUCAGCUACGAAAAUGUGUCCGCUUACCCACUGAAGUGCUACCUGAACCAGAAAUUGAGAUAGAACCAGACCUGUCCUAUCAAGAGUACCCCGUCAAGGUAUUGGAUCAGAAAGAGAGAUCAACGCGGGCAAGGUCGAUCAGAAUGUAUAAGGUUCAGUGGAGUCACCAUUCAGUAGAAGAAGCUACAUGGGAGACUGAGGAUUUUCUACGCUCUUGCUUCCUCAACUUUCUGCCCAAAAGAGUCGACUGCAACCUCGCUGACGGAGAGUACGUCCUCGUGCCGGAGCAAGGAGCUGCUCAGGAGGUAGCCCCGAAUCCAGCACUAGAGCCUGCACCAGAGGAUCUGCCUGCCCCAGCUUUGGAAGGCAAGCCCCGGUUUUAUGCAUAACCUAUUUAUUAUGCUAUUUUACUACACUUAAUGAUUGUAGGAUUGAAUGUGCACUUAAGUGUAGCAGUUGUUUGAAACCCUAGUUGCAUGAUCUCAGGAAUCCUUUUUGAGAUGGAUACUAGUAUGGUAGGUCGAGUAGCUGCUUUGCAAAUUAGGGAUCUUGGUAGAAGUCGAGUGAUUUUUCUAGCACUCACGUGAGGUCAGGAAUUGGUUGUAUCCAUUUAUAUAUCAUACUGACGAAGGUCUAUGGACAACGGUCCAUGGGGAUGCGUUGUCUACGAGACAGAAAUUGGAAUAAGGAUUAAGGUGUGGUACCGUGUGUCAAGCGUUUGAACGUACUAAGCAUAUGCCGAGAAAUAUGUAAAUCGGUAACCCUAGUACCUAAUUGAACCUGGCAGUAGACUUUGCCCCUCACGCGACCUGAGAUGUGGUCUCCCAUUCCGGUUAUGGUGGGUACAAGUGCGGUCACUGCACGACGGCAGUCGGGGUCAGUGAGGCAUUGUACGCCAAGGCGGUGAGCCCUGAUCUGCUGACGGGGAAUCGAUGGGGACGGUUGAUGUGUGUGGGGACGGAGUGCCUCGCCACGUCGUGUGUUUAGGUUUACCUUGCAAGGAUAAAAACUCGAUUCGAAUUGUCUGCUUCUCGCAGCUAAUGAGACUGCUUGACCCAUGCUGCUACAUUGAGUAACAAGUGAAAAUGUGAUGAGGUGACAAAAGAUGUUGAUUGCUAAAUUUGCUUGCUACCAUGAAUGAGUAGAUAGUACAUAUUUAGUCUUAAGAGAGUCACACUAAAACUUGACAAAUCUAAAACUUGAUUUAUGAACUCAGCUAGUGCUUUUGGCAACCAAACCCCACAGCCAAACAACUGCAUGUCUAGAGGUAGAGGAGUAGACUCCUCACACCGGGUAAGUCUAGCUGAGUAUUAGUAUACUCAGCCUUGCUUGUGGCAUAAUUUUUUACAGGUUCUUUGGAGGACAUGGUUACUGGAGUGAGUUGGUCGUCCAUCUUGCCACCGGGUUGGACUGUUGAGUGGGACCCCGCCUCGGCUGAGGAGGAGCAUGAGGAGUGAUGGGACAUGCUUCCCCAUCUCUCUGUUUAUUUAUCGUUAGUUUUAUUCCGCUGCAUUUCAAACAAUGAUGACUACUUUUGCUAAAACUCUGAUGAUGAUGUAAUAUGUUUAAUACUCUUUAAUGUAUGGUUUUAUGCUUUAUUG